CAUCAAUCCCACUAUUAUUUUUCUUAAUUAUAUAAGAGAGCUCAGCUUCUGCUAAACCGAAGAAUAAUUAAAAGAAAAAAUACAGUUCUUGAGAAGAUCUAAAAAGGUUGUUGUCACAUGAUGACAACAAUACGAGGAUAUGUUAUCAUCUUAUUAUUUAUUUUCCUUUUCCCCUACCUCUUCUUCACUAUCUUCCUUCUGUUUGAAAGUGAAACCUCUGAAGAUUUCGUACGUGAUUCCAAUGUUCCUAGCUUGUGAACCAACGAGCUGUGGUAAUGGCCCAAACAAAUUGAUAUUCAAUCAUGAGAGUCCAGAUUGGCUGAAUAUUUUGGAGGUUAUCCAGUGGAGGUCUUGGAAAUGGAUUUCUGCAUUUAACAAAGAUUUCCGCUGCUCGUUAUUCGAAUGGUCUUCAAAACCAUGAGCUUGUCUAUCCCAUAUUGGUGCUUAAAUGAUGGAGAUGGUGGCCUCCUUUUAUGGAUGGGUAUUGGAUGAUGGCUAAUUAGCGUUACUUAUAGUAGGGGUCGUUCUAUGCCUUCCUGAAGAUUCCUCUUUGGCUCUAGAUUAGUUGUACUCUUUUUCCUUCCUGAGUUUUUAUCUCUAAGGGGGUUUUCCCAGUGAGAUUUUAAUGAGGGGUAAAUGGUCACUUUGGUCCUCAAAAGUGUCCGCCGACUUCACAUUCGUCCCUGAAUGAAUUUUAUCCAUCCCGCGGUACCCCAAAGUGUCAAACGCCCGUCACUUUAGUCCUUCCGUUAAAAAGUAUAACAGACGUUAACAAUUUCCUUUUUUUAAAGCUGAAAAUUCGUAAAAUUAAAUAAAAUAGAAAAUAAACUCAAUAUAUAAUUAAUUAAAACAGAAAAAAAAAAAAAACUAAACUUGAUGAGAACCACCAGCAUCGUUCUCCAUCUCCUUCUUCUCAUCUUCUUCAUCAUCUUCACCAAUCCUUCCAUCACAAUUAAACCCCACCACAAACUAAUCCCCCACCACAAACCCUAUCCCCCACCCCCAUCGAAAUGCAGUUCUCGCUACCUUGAUGAGACUUUAAAACCCACGGAUCUGAAUCCAGAUUUCCAAACCCACAUAAAAGCUUCAAUCUAUCCCUCUUUUGUUUUGAAGCUUCAAUCUAGAGGGGGGUUUCUGCGGGGAGUUGGGGGUGGAGGUGGAGCUGGGUUCGGUUUGGGUUUUUGGGUGUGGCUAGGUUGCGGUGGCGGAGGAUUUCAGUUGUUGGAGGUUUUGAGUUGGUGUUGUUGUUUGGUUGAUGGUUUGAAGGAAGGAAUGGCUUCCGUUGUUGAAGACACAACCUUGGUGGUAAUGGCAGAUGUUUAUGUUGUUGUGUAGAAGAAGAGUAACAUGUGUAAAUUUGAACAAUUUCGUAACUUUCUUGUUUUCCUUUUUGUUUCCAUUCUUUGUUCCUUUUUAAUCGGGCAUCUGAUAUAUAUUGUAUUGAUAACAUAUUAUUGCUCAACUUGUUGAUAAUUGCUUCUUUAAUGCGACAUGUUGAUCUGAGUUCCUCUAAUUUCAUUUGUGUUUCUGGGUUUGGGGAGGAAUUUGAUCUUGAUUGUUUUUACAUUUUUGGCAUUUCUGAUACUGUGGGGGAAGGGGUGAGUGAGUGGGGAAGAUGAAGAUUGAGGGUUUUUAAUUAAUCAAUCUUUUAGUUAAUUUGUUUUUUUAUUUAAACUAAUGAUUUCUAGUAGGUAAAAAAAUAUAUAAAAAAGGAAAUUGUUAACGUCCGUUAUACUUUUUUUAACGGAAGGAAUAAAGUGACGGACGUUUGACACUUUGGGGACCGCAGGAUGGAUAAAAUUCAUUCAGGAAUGAAUGUGAAGUCGGUGGAUACUUUUGAGGACCAAAGUGAACAUUUACCCUUUUAAUGAGGCUUCUUUCUUUGCUUCAGGGAGAAAUGUCUUUAUUUUUCUUGUUUCCUUACUUUCUAUCUUUCCCAUAUUGUAUUGGGUUGAAGCACCUCUUGUGUCUCUUUUCAAUAUAUAUUCUAUGGCUUCUAAAAAAAAAGCUACCCCUUCUGGCUCCAAGGGAAUCAAGCAUCCUUUUGUGGAUAUUCAGGUCUUGAGCUCACUUGCGGCAGCAAUGGCUUCCAAGUUCUCAACAUUUCCAAUACUCAAUUCACCGUUCUUGAGAUUUCCGACAACAAUCACUAAUUCAGAUUGUCCAACCUUGAGUUUGAACAAUCAAAUUCCAACCCCUCCUCUGCUGCAUGUUCUGCGCUGGUAGGAUCUACCGGCCGGAUCUCCCUCACUCGUUCAGGCCAAGAGAAAACUAACCAAAUUCAUGAUCAUGUGGAUGCAGGGCCUUAUUUGCAUUGUCCAAGUUAGGAUUUUCGGAAUAAUAAAGAGGAGAUGAUCAGGUGCUGAUGGUCUACGGAACUGCGGUACUCACGCGGAAAUCUAAUGGCUUCUUUUACAUCCCUGCCAUGUGGCGCAAUCUGGCAAGAUGUCUACCAUAAGACUAUGAUUCGCGAUGCACCAGAUUCCACCCUUUAAGCUCCGCCCAAUGGAGCGGCGACACGUGGCAGAGUUGUUAGGAAAUGUUGUUGCUCUAUGCACGUGAAAGAAACAGAACGGAUUUGAUCUGAAGAUUUUUGAGAAAAAAGUAAAGGUUGGGCUGGAACGUAAUAUAUAUUGAAAACCUAAAUAUUGGAGGGGGAGAGGAGCAGCCGUGGAAAAGAAGGACAACGUAAAAGCAGAAGAGGCAUUUGGGUUUACCAUUUAUUCUUUAGGUUUUUCUUCUACUUUCUUGUGAUUUUUAUAAUGAUGUGUGGCUAAACAUCUUAGUGUUAGGGUGAUUGAUCUAGUUUUUCUUAAAACUAUGUUUUGAACCAAGUUUCAGUUAUGAUUAUGAUUUCUAUUUUAGUUCUUGAAUUUCUCCUCUAUUUUAAUUGAUACUUUCUAUUGCAAUAGUUUGUCACACUAUUUUCUAUGCAAUUGGAAAAUUGGUAGAAUUUAGGGAUUUGGGGAGGAAUUGAGCAAGGUCUUUACACCUUAGGGAUAAGGGUAACAAAUUGCUUGUGUUCCCUGAUCUAAAUUGAACUUUUAUCUCUGAUUAAUUAGGAUUAGGUACUAAGGAAUCAGCUAUCACUAAUUAAUUGGAAGGGACACUUAUGCAAGGAAUUGAUAAGUGGACAAUUAGGCUUAGCACCUUGAAACUUAAUUUGAUACAUAAUUAUAACUGAUUGGGGAGAUACAUAGGGAGAAGGUUAAUGAAAUCAGGAUCCCUAGCGCGCUUUUAAAUUGAAUUCAUUUCAACAGUGUUAUUUGCUUUCUUUAAUUUUAUUGCAGUUAAGUUACUUACGAAAAAUCAAUCAUCUCUUUAUUUGUAUUUUUAUUUUUACGUCCUAUCAUUCUAAGUUUAGUUAAUUUAGAGUAUAAACUACGCAAUCCUUGUGGUUCGAUCUUUUUAUUACUUCGAGCAAUCUGUACACUUGCAGAUUUGCUAUCAAGUUUUUGGCGCCGUUGCCGGGGAAUUGUGUUUAGUUUAUUUUCUAAUUUUUCUGAAUCUAUUUGUUAGGAAUUUUAUUAUUUUAAAUUUAUUACUCUUGUGCGGGUGCUACUGACUGUUGUUUGCUAGUGCAUGCAAGGUACAAUCAAGCGAAUACCAUGGCUGAAACACAAGAGGAGUUUGAAGCAAGAAUCCGAGCUGAAUGUGAAGCGAGAAUGGAAACUGAAAUUGAAGCUCGUAUCCUUCGCCAGAAAGAAGAAGAAGCUGAACGUGAUGCUCAGAGACCAUUGAGGGAAAUCACUGCCCCUCAUAUGAGCUAUACAUAUGAGGACAGCGUUGUCCUUCCAACAGACAUACCAUACAACUUUCAGAUUCCACAUCAUUAUAUUCAGUUGGUGAGCCAGCAUCAGUUUGGAGGUAAAGCUACUGAGGAUCCGCAUGCUCACAUGGACAGAUUCACCAGACAUUGUGAGUCUCUGAAAAGGCGUGAAGUCAGCUUGGAUACAGUUCAGAUGAUUCUUUUUCACUACACUUUGAAGGAUGCUGCGGAAGAUUGGUUGAGGUCACAACCCCCUAACAGCAUUCAAACAUGGGAGGACUUGGCGGAAAAAUUUAUCACCGAAUUCUUUCCAUCCACACGCAUCAGAAAGGCGAAGCAGGAAAUUUAUGCAUUCAAACAAAACAAAUAUGAAAAUUUGUAUGAGGCUUGGGAGCGGUUCCAAGAACUUCUGAGGAAGUGUCCAGGUCAUAAUAUUUCUGCUGGUGAACAAGUAGACAAAUUUUACUCGUCAUUGCUUGAGUAUGCGAGAGGAAUGUUGGACGCAGCAGCUAAUAGUGCAUUUGAUUCAUUGCCUGCACACAGAGCUCUUGAGAUCAUCGACAAUUUGGCCACUAGAUCUUCACAGUCAGAUUAUGAUAGGGAGAACCGGGAAAGUGUACAUGAAGUUGGAACAAAUGAUGAUGUCCUCGCCUCCAAUAGGAAGUUGUCACAAAAGAUGGAUGCAAUAGUACAACGUUUGGAUGGUCGCAAACUGAGUGCCGAAGAUGCUGCAUCUGAUGAGGAAGUGAAGGCAAUGGGUAAUCCUCAAAACAACCCUUACUCAAAUACUUAUAAUCCGGGUUGGAGGAAUCACCCUAACUUUUUAUGGAGAGAUCAAGACAAGUCUGGAAAUUCAAGGGAGUACUCUAAUCAAAGGACUUAUGGUCAAGAUCAGAAACCUCAACCCUCUCAAGAGCAAGAAAGUGGGAAGAAGAGCCUAGAAGAAAUUGUGGAAGAACUGGCCCAAGCUACCAGCAAGCUUCAGGUGUCCACAGAUAGCUUCAUAAAUGAGUCUAGAAAUAACUUCAAAAACCAGGAGGCUUCAAUAAAAAAUCUGGAGAAUCAGGUCGGUCAAAUUUGCAUACAAUUAUCUGAGAGACCUCCAGGUAUGUUUUCUAGUAACAUUGUGCCUAGUCCUAGGGAGAAUAUUUCUGCUGUUACUCUAAGAAGUGGAAAAGUUAUGCAUGAAAGUGAAAAUAAAAAAAUCGGUGGAAAGAAUAAGAUUGAGGCUGGAAAUAAAAGUGAAUUUGAAGUGAUAAGUAAGGAAAAAGAACAGAGUGAAGAUAGGUUAGUGAAAGAGAGAAAAGUAGAUUUAGAAAAUAAUAAGUUUACAAAAGUUCCUCUCCCCCCUUUCCCCACUAACAUAGCAAAGAGGAGGUUGGAGAAGCAAUUCUCCAAGUUUAUUUCUAUGUUUAAAAAGUUACGUGUAGACCUCCCAUUCUCUGAAGUUUUAGAAAAGAUGCCUCAAUAUGCCAAGUUCAUGAAGGAGAUACUCUCUAAGAAAAGGAGCUUGAGUGAAGAGAAUGAUAUCGUUGAGCUGACUGAGGAGUGUAGCGCUAUUUUGCAAAGGAAGCUUCCACCCAAACGAAAGGAUCCAGGUAGUUUCACUCUACCUGUUAACUUUGGGGCUUCAAAGGAAGUGAGAGCUUUAUGUGAUUUAGGGGCAAGCGUCAACUUAAUGCCCCUAUCAAUGUUCGAGCAACUUAAUGUUGGAGAGCUGAAGCCAACAAUGAUGAUGCUUCAACUAGCAGACCGCUCCAUGGUGACUCCUUGGGGAGUUGUUGAAGAUGUGCUAGUGAGAGUAGGAGAGUUUGAGUUCCCGGUAGAUUUUGUGAUAAUUGAUAUGGACGAGGACUCUAAAAUACCAUUGAUUCUGGGAAGACCGUUCCUAGCCACUUCACAAGCGAAAAUAAAUGUGGGAAAAUGAA